AUGUCUAGCCCAACUCCAGUAAACGGCGAGAGCAACUCUCAUCCUGGCGAUCAGCAUAACGUUCCUGGUUAUCAGGCUCAUGCUUCCUUUGCAUCCCUAAAGGAAAGAAUUCAGUUGCACUAUAAUGUCGCAUCCGACUACUACUACUCUCUCUGGGGCCAGCACAUUCAUCACGGAUACUGGAAGUCACCAAAUGAGACCAAAGAGCAGGCACAGGUCAACCUCAUCGAGUAUCUCCUCGAGCUGUCCGCACUGCCGACAUCAAGCUACGUGCUUGACGUGGGAUGUGGUAUUGGAGGCACGUCUCGGUAUCUGGCGAGAGAGCGGGCUUGCAACGUGACUGGUCUCACAAUAAGCGGCAAACAAGUUGAAAUGGCAAAGCGAUUGUCACUUGCUGAAACCUCAAGUACCGAACAUACAGACCCGUCUGGUGCGACUAUACGACUGCCCCCAGGCAGUGUUCGUUUUGUCGAAUUGGAUGCAGAGACGAUGCUGCAAUACUUCAAAACUACCGGAGACAAGCCAAGCGACGGAUUCAAUUGUGUCUGGAUUUCCGAGGCUCUUUCCCAUUUCCCCAACAAACCGUUGUUCUUCGAAUCUUCAUUUGCUCUGCUUGCAAGUGGGAAAUCAUCUCGCCUCGUCAUUGCCGACUGGUUCAAGGCCCCAAAUUUGAGCCAAGAGCAGGAUAAGGCAGAUAUAAAGCCAAUCGAAGAUGGAAUGCUUUUACCGCCCAUGUGCACUGCUGACGAAUACGUUAAGAUGGCAGAAAAGGCGGGCUUCAGAGUAUUCAAAGGACCAGUUGAUAUAAGUAAGAAUGUGGCAAAGACUUGGGAUAUAUCGUGGUCUCUAGUCGCUUCGCCCUCGCUAUGGGCUUUUGCACUGUCUUGGGGACGGGAUGGUCUGGCAUUUCUUCAGGCCUUUCGAGCCAUGAGAAGGGGGUUUGCAAAUGGAACCUUCAGAUAUGCGCUUAUUGUACUGGAGAAGCCUUGA